AUGACUUCUGACCCAAACAAACGCCAUACGCAGCUCUUCUUUAACAAAUUGAGGGGACGUGGGCUACAUCCGCAUUCUGGGAGUGACACGCAGCAGCCGGACGGCAACAGUGACCGCACAGCUGCUAGGCAGGACGCUGCGAAGUGGCAGGCUAGGGAGAGAGUGUCAUCCUCAGAGAGCGAUGCCAUCGAUCCCGAGACGGGUGCGGUGCGUCUCAGGCUGGUGGAAGCUGUCAACUCUGGGGUCAGAGCACAAGAAUACAUAAUGACAAAAGAGGUGUCUCCAUGGAGGAGCUACGAGAGGAUCUAUCAGCUGUGGCUCAGCGUCGGCGGUCGCGUCAACGUAGCAGAAGCGCAAAAGCCCCCCAUUCGAUAUCGUCACAGUGAGAAGCUUCACGGGGCCGCGCAUCGAGGACAAGCUUUAUAUGUUGCAACGGAUCCAACUCCCAACUUCGUCUCAGCCUUCGACGCUUUUAAGUUUGAGCAAUCGUUAUACAUCGUUUUCGAGCACAUACCUAUUUCUCUGCAGUAUAUCGCCGGCAAUCUUACAUUAAUGAACUUCGCUUGGCUUCAACACUUGGACAGGUACUUGAGGGCCUUGCCUACCUCGCAACGAAAAGAUUAG